GCUGUCAUAGCCUUGUGGAUUCCUCUUUCGCUCAGUGGGUGCGUGUGGUGGCAAACAGAGCAGAUCUCGGGUCAACGGUCGACGGCUGCUCAAAUAGUUAUCUCAGCUGUCGUCGGGCGGCCUACACGUGCCAAAGUAUGCCUGGGGCUUCGCGCCGCCGAUAGCGAGUAACAGCCGUGCGGGUGCAUUCGUAGCUUGACUGGGUGCACUGACUGUCUGCAAAGAUACUAACUUUGACGUGUGCUCUGCGGCUUCACAAUCCGCCGUAGGCGCCCAAGCGAAAUCCAGAUUCGGUUCGAUUUCUGGCGGCAGAUCCGGAAGACUCCGGCGAACCGAAUCGACUUAGUGCGCACGCUGCCGACGUCACCAGUAAAUUGAUUGCGAGGCAGAGUUCGUCCCGUGUUCCAUAAAGUUCGAGCUUACCGCCGCAUCUCUGCCUCAUCCCCAUCCCCAUGCUCUGACGAGGCACUAAGAGCCCAUCCUUGACCAACGCCUUAGAGCGCCGCCGCCAUUGCAUGCCUACCAGCAAAAGCUGGUACAGAAUGGACCGAUUAAUAUUCGGUUCACAGCCUCCCACGAGGCCUCAGAUGGUCUUUGCCUUCAGCAUGAUGUCUGCCUUUUUUGCGGGUCUCCUGCUACUCACCGUACCAGACCUCCGUGCCUUUGGCAAGCCUAUGUUCGACAUUAUACGAGAAGCAGCCCAGAAGCAGUUCGCGGUCGAGCAGGAUGUGUUGUCAUACAACGUGUCAACGUGUCCAGGCUAUGAACUGCGUUCUUUGCAGGAGACAAGAAAUGGCCUCAAUGCUCGCCUGAGCCUCGCUGGAAACGCAUGCAAUGCCUAUGGCUUGGAUAUCUCAGACCUGACGCUGGAAGUUAAUUACGAUUCCGACACGAGACUGCACGUAAACAUUUAUGACACUGCACGAACGCAAUUCACUGUUCCCGAAUCGGUGCUUACCCUUCCAGCUCCAGAUGGCACCAUCCACAAGGAUUCGUCCGACCUCGUCUUUCACCACGACACGUCACCAUUCGCCUUCUGGAUUACACGCCGUUCCGAGCCAGAUGCAAUGCCCCUAUUCGACACAAGGAUAUCCUCGCUGCCCAAAACGCCGAUACCACCUGUUCUGCACGAAAAUGCUACCUUCUACGAUCACUCGUCUGCUCUAGACGGCUUCCCCUUGGUCUUCGAGGACCAGUAUCUGCAGCUCGCGUCCGCUCUCCCCAAGGGAACGAAUAUCUAUGGUCUGGGUGAAGUUCUGGCAAGUAGCGGUUUCCGCCGCGACAUCGGCGAAACGGGCGAGGGGACCGUACAGGCGAUGUGGGCCCGAGACGUGGCUGACGCUAUCGAUGAGAAUGUUUACGGCGCACACAACGUCUACCUCGAGCACCGUUUCGAUCCCGCUACGCAGCGCGCGCAGACACACGGCGUGUUCCUUUACAGUCCAGCCGGCGGCGAUGUGCUACUGCUCACACCCAAAAACUCCGACGUGUCACUCGUUGAAUAUCGCAUGAUCGGCGGUACGCUUGAUUUCUACUUCUUCUCCGGCCCGACCCCCCAGAGAGCCAUCGAACAGCACGGUGAGCUCAUCGGCUUCCCUACGUGGCAGCCUGCAUGGGGAUUCGGGUUCCACCUGUGCAAGUGGGGAUAUGGGAGUGUCGAAGGCACGCGCUACGCGGUCGAUCAGAUGUUGGCUGCCGAUAUUCCGAUGGAAACUAUCUGGAAUGAUAUCGACCUCUAUCAUGCGUAUCGCGACUUUACGUUAGACCCAGUGUCAUUUCCGGGCGAAGACAUGCGCGCCUUCAUUCGAGAGCUAGCGUCUCGCAAUCAGCAUUACGUCCCUAUUGUGGAUGCGGCGGUGCCGAAAGAGGUCAACGACACAGACGUGUACGACCCUUACAGACGCGGUGUCGAACUUGAUGUCUUCAUGAAGAACCUCAAUGGCACAGAGUAUGUCGGCCAGGUCUGGCCAGGCUACACCGUUUUCCCCGACUGGUUUGCCGAGCAUGCGCAGCAGUACUGGACGGAAGCACUGCAGAAUUGGAGUGCCCUUGGUGUUGAGUUCUCGGGUAUUUGGUUGGAUAUGAACGAAGCGUCGAGUUUCUGUGAUGGCUCUUGCGGGACGACUGCGGACUUGUCGAAUACGACUGUGCCAUUCAUUCUUCCUGGCCUUCCCGGCAAUGAAAUCACUGCGUAUCCCGAAGGCUACGAUUCGACCAUCUGGGGUCCUAGUGGUAACAUCACCAUCGACGGCGCCCUGACUUACGGCGGCGGAUACGGAGGAGGCCCUAUACAAACCGACAAGCGUGGUCGCGCAGGCUGGGAUACCUCUAGCAAGCGCGGCAAGGACGGACACAGUAUCAAGGAUCGCGACCUCAACACGCCGCCCUACGCGAUCCACCACGGCAACGGCCGACUUUCGGACCAUGCGCUCUCGAUGAACGCGACGCAUGCGGGCGGCCUCGUAGAGCACGACACGCACAAUCUGUGGGGCAUGAUGGAGGAGCGUGCAACGCAUGUCGCACUCGAAGCGGUACACCCGGGCAAGCGCCCGUUCCUCAUCGCGCGAAGCACGUUCCCCGGCGCGGGCCGCUGGACAGGGCAUUGGCUCGGGGACAACUUCAGCAAGUGGACAUACAUGUACCUGAGUAUCCAGGGCGUGCUCCAAUUCCAGAUCUUCCAGGUUCCGUUCACCGGAGCGGACACGUGCGGCUUCAACGGCAACACGGACGAGGAGUUGUGCAACCGCUGGAUGCAGCUCGGCGCGUUCUCGCCAUUCUAUAGGAAUCACAACGUCCUCGGCGCAAUUCCGCAAGAGCCGUACGUUUGGGACAGCGUUGCCGAGGCGUCGAGGCAGGCGAUUUACAUGCGAUACUCACUACUGCCGUACUGGUACACGCUGUUUGCCAACUCUUCGCAAUUCGGCUCUCCCCCGGUCCGUGCGCUCUUCUGGGAGUUCCCCGACGAACCCGAGCUGUUCGGCAUCGACAAGCAGUUCAUGGUUGGGCACGACUUGCUCGUCACGCCCGUGCUGAUGCCGAACGUCUCGACAGUCGGUGGCUGGUUCCCUGGGCGCGGCACAGUCACGUGGCGCGACUUCUACACACACGAGGUGCAGGGGACGAAUCCGGGUCGGAACACGACGGUCGAUGCGCCGCUCGGCAAGAUCCCGGUGCACAUUCGCGAGGGCGCGGCGAUUCUGAUGCACCCGAGCCCGAAGUACACGAUUGAGGAGACGAUGACGGCGCCGUACGGCCUCCUCGUUUCGCAAGCCGCGGACGGAUACGCGUUCGGACACGCCUACAUCGACGACGGAGAAAGCGUGCAGCCGACGCCGCAUCGCAACGUCGAGUUCCGCGUGAGCACGGGACGGAUUGACAUUUCCAGCGCUGGAGAGUACAGCGUGCAACCCCAGCUAGAGAGCCUCACUGUGCUUGGCACAGCAAGGCCGAACGGCGCGGUGCGCGUACGGGGCCGUGAGGUGUAUGACUGGGAUUACGCGGAGGCGCAGCAGAGGCUGCUCGUUAGUGGUCUGCAAAUCGACCUCAACGUCGACACGACCAUCGAGUGGGAGUAGGGCGUGGCAAGAUGCGGUGGGAAAUGGCGCGCACGACGAUGACAUUCACGGCUCUCUCUCUCUCUCUGCUUUAGAUUUGGAUUCAGACCCGGCAAUCUUUGUACUGGCUUUGUAGAUGCUUUGCAUGUUUUCAUCGAGUUUUCUAAUUGCGCAAUAUAUUUGCUUACUUGCUUUC